AUUCACAAAAGUGUCGGUAAAAAAAGUAACCCAGAAGUGGCGGUCGACAAAUUUGUAAAAUGUCGUAUGUACGUCAAAUUCACAAAGGGAGAUGUCACUGUCUUUGAAUCUCUCGUAAGUCCGGCAUUUUUAUAAAAUGUCGUAUAUAUUUUGUCGGUGGAACGACGGUUUAGUUAAAUUGUCGUAGUUACGUCAAAUUCAAGAAAAAAGGCGCAAUCACUGUACAACUGAUUAAAAUAAUGUCGUUAGAACGAAUAAAUAUGUCGUGUACCCGAAAGAACAUUUCCUAGCACGACAACUGCAGAAUAGCUUCACGUCACGUUGUAGAUGAGUUCUGUCACUCAGAGGAAGCUGCUUAAUCCUGAGGAGAUUUCGUUUUUCCGAAGAUAUUGUUCCUGAGGUUAUUCUAUAUAUAUUUAAAAUUUUCUAUUUAGAUUUCCUGGUUUUGACCUUGGCUUGUUUCUGGACACUGUUGCCUGCUGCCUGACCCGACCUUUGGCCUGUUUACUGGACUCUGUUUUUGCCUGCAGAUUCUUUUCAUCACAGAUUAUGGAAAUUAUAUUUCCCUCACUGUUUUUCUUCCAUUUAAGAAAGAAAAGAAUGGAAAAAGUCGAUAAGCCUUUUAAUAAUGGAAAGCAAGUUAAAAGGCGCAAAUGCCAGAAGAUAAAAAUGUUUCGUGACCGAGUGACGCUGGUGGACCUAACGGACACUGAGAUUAAGGAUCGAUACAGGCUAAACACUGUGGAGAUUCUAUCGCUGUAUGAUGUGCUGAAAGUGAAUUUGUGCAAGCCAACUAAAAGAUCUCACGCCAUCCCUGGCCUUGUACGUUUGCUGUUGGCAUUAAAUUUUUUUGCAAAAGGUGACUUUCAAAGUUGCAUAGCAGUGAUUGGCGGUGUGUCUCAAAGCUCUUGCAGCCGCUCAUUGGAUGAAGUUUUGAAAGCAAUUAUGUUAGUUUAUAAAUCGUAUGUCUACUUUCCUUCUGACAGCAGUUAUUUGAAUACAGUUAAAGGAAAAUUUUAUGAGAUUGGCGGAUUUCCUAACAUUGUGGGAAUUAUAGAUUGUACACACAUUACACUAUGCCCACCUGCUGACCUGGAGCACAUUUACAGAAAUCGGAAGAGCUCCCACAGCAUUAAUGUCCAGCUUGUGUGUUCCUUUAAUCUAAAAUUUGUGGAUAUAGUUGCUAAAUUCCCAGGCUCUUCUCACGAUUCGUAUAUCUUGUCAAAUUCAUCUUUGUCUGAACGUUUUCAACAGGGCGAAUUCAAAGAUUCGUGGCUAUUAGGAGAUUGUGGAUAUCCGUUAAAAACUUGGCUGAUGACGCCAGUGUGGCGGCCUAAGAAUGCAAAAGAAAAAAACUACAACCGAGUCCAUGCUACAACAAGAUGUAUAAUUGAAAGAGCAUUUGGAAUCUUAAAGAGCAAAUUCCGUUGUUUGGACAUCACUGGGGGGUCACUACUGUACUCGCCUGAAAAGGUGUGCUACAUUGUUGUAGCGUGUGUUGUUUUACAUAAUAUCAUUAUACAAAGGGUCCAAAAUGAUGUAUGUGAAAUCCAACCAGCAUGUGAAGAAAACACUGACCUUCAAAUGCAUGUUGACCAGAAUGAAGCAAUUAUCACAAGGAACGAUUUGAUUCAACGAUUUUUUUGAUUGAUUCACUUGACUUUGGGAGGUUACAUU